AUUAUUAAAAUAUCGAAGAUGAUAAAUUUUGAAGGGUCAGGCAUUGGAAUGUCAAUUGAGAGUUUUAAUUAUGACUAAUCCUUUACAAUAGCAAAUAUGUUCCAAUAUUUAUUACAAAAUUAUUAAUUAGAUCCUUCUGAGAUUGACCUGUCAUUAGAUGGAUAAACAAUGUUGAAUUCAUAAGAUAACAGUAGAAUUAGUUCAUAUUUUUAACCAAAUUAAAUAUUAUAUGUAUACCCUAAACAAAUACCAUAUUUUUCAAUUUAUGUUGAUGGAGAAAUAUCAUGUUAAUAAUAAUUACAAAAUAUGACGAUAUGGGAUGUAUAAAUAUUAAUGGAUAUUUAAUAGUUAUUAUAAGGCUUGAAUCUAGGACAAAAUGUUGUUAUUGAAGUUUAUGAUGGAACAACACAAUAAAAAUUGAAUGUGAUUGAUAAUUUUUCGACUUAAUUAUAUGACUCUACAGGUGGGUUGUAAAAUAUAAUAAUAAAUAUUACAACAUAAUAAUUAUAGUAAAAAACUUUUGGAUCUAAUUAUUAAGAUCAGAAAACUAGUUCUUAAUAUUAAAGCUAAUAAAUCAAGAUAAAUUCUUAAGGGUAAUAAAAUAAAAUAAAAUAUUAGUUUCGGUGCUUCAGAACUUCUUCAAUAGUUGAUUUUAUUGAAGAAUAUAAGUAUUUUGAUUGAUCCGAAUGGACAAUUUGUAAUAUAUAAAUUCCAUUUUCCUACAUUAAUUUAAGGAUAUCUUUAAAAAAGUAAAGGAAAAUAGAGUUCUUCUUUUCAUAAUUUUAAUGCAAAUAAAUAAGAUUGGAUAAAAAAGAAUGAUGUGGAAUAUUGUUCAUUUGAUAAUUAUGGUUUUGCUAUUAGAUGGAAUGAUGAGACUAUAAGUUCUAUUAAAAUUAGAUAACAAUGAUUAUUAAAAUAAAAUAAG